CCAAACCGGUGUCCUCACACCCCAUCCCUCUCACAUAUAAACGAAACGAAACGCUCGAUACACACACACACAUACACCACCACCAAAGGAGAUGAACCCUGGCGUCGUGGUCACCAGAAAAGACAUGGACCGGAUCAAAGGCCCAUGGAGCCCGGAGGAGGACGAGGCUCUCCAGAGGCUCGUGGAGAAGCACGGGCCCAGGAACUGGUCCCUCAUCAGCAGGUCCAUCCCGGGCCGCUCAGGGAAGUCCUGCAGGCUCCGCUGGUGCAACCAGCUCUCGCCCCAGGUCGAGCACCGGGCCUUCACGCCCGAAGAGGACGACACCAUAAUCCGGGCCCACGCCCGCUUCGGCAACAAGUGGGCCACCAUAGCCCGCCUCCUCCACGGCAGAACCGACAACGCGAUUAAAAACCACUGGAACUCCACCUUGAAGCGCAAGUGCUCUUCCGCCAUGAUCGAUGACAUCCAACCGCUCAAACGCUCCGUCAGCGCCGGCGCCGCCAUACCCGUCUCCACCGGACUCUACAUCAACCCUCCCACUCCCGGCAGCCCCUCCGGAUCCGAUGUCAGCGAGUCCAGUGUACCCGUUGCGUCCCCAUCCCACGUUUACCGGCCCGUCGCUAGGCCCGGCCCGGUUCUACCGCCCGUAGAAACCACCUCGUCCUCCAAUGACCCCCCACCUUCUCUUCCCCUAUCACUCCCCGGCGCCGACUCUUCUGAAGUCUCUAAUCAUGCCGCGCCGCCACCUCCGCCGCCGUCAAAUACUAUCCCUCUGCUGCCAAUGAUGGCGGCUCCGGUGCCUCCGCCGCCGGUGAUGGGGCCGUUUAAUUUAAGUGCGGAAUUUUUGGCUGUGAUGCAGGAAAUGAUAAGGAAAGAGGUGAGGAGUUAUAUGGAGAUGCAGAAUGGGAUGUGUUUUCAUGCAGCUGAUGAUGGGUUUAGGAAUGCUUCCGUGAAGCGAAUUGGGAUUAGCAGGAUCGAUUCGUAAAUAGUAUCAGUAGAAAAAAUGAGUAAAAUGCUUGUUCGCGCUUCUAAAUGGGAAAAAAAAAGAAGAAAAAAAAAACGUUUUUUUUUUCCAUGUUUUUUUAUCUAGGCAAUAAUUUUGGUUAAUGUACAGUGAGAGGACUCAUGCCGCUAAUGAAAUUCCUUUCUGAGAAGCGGAAGAACCAAGAGGGGAAAACAAAGCAAAAAAAAAAAAAUUCUGAAAUUUCUGUUUUUUUUUUCGUCAUCUCUUGGUCCUGUUCUCCUGGCUUAGUAUGAAAAACAAAACAAAACAACAAGAAGUUUAGAAUAAAAUAAAUAAAAUCCUUUAAA